AUGGCCCCGCCUUCUGGAGAAUCCCUAUUAAACGCAGAGUUUGACGCUCUUGUGAAAGAACAGCUCGAGCUAUGGAAAGUGCCAGGCCUGACCAUCGCAAUUGUCCAUGGCGCCAACACGUAUUCCAAGGCAUAUGGGUUCGCCGAACUCCCCGACAAGAAGAUGACGACCGAUGCGCUCUUCUCGACCUGCAGUACUACCAAGGCAUUCACUGCUGCAGCGACGUCCAUGGCAAUCCAGGAUAGCAAAGCUACCGCGUCGCCUUUCGACUGGGACACACCAAUGUCCGCUCUGAUUCCAGAGGAUUUCGUGCUAGCUGAUGACUACUACACUAAGAACGUCACGAUCGAAGAUCUGCUGUCGCAUCGAUCGGGCAUGGCACCCUAUAUGUGGGUGCCGACCUGUAAUAAAAAGGACGUGACGGUGCGCGAGACUGUUCGUUCGUUGCGAAACCUGCCUCUCUCGCAACCCCUGAGAACCAAAUUUCAGUACAACAAUCACGGGUACAUCGCAGUUUCGCACGCUCUUGAGAAGCUUACAGGAGAACCCCUGGGCAAAGCGUUGAAGAGCCGGAUCUGGGAACCCUUGGGAAUGAAUGAGACCUACUUCUCCAUCCAAGAGGCCAAAGCAAGCCCGUCAAGCGCACAAAAGUUCGUCCAAGGCUACAGUUGGCAUCAGACCGACGAAGGCGGCUCCUAUAACCCGGAGCCUGCUAUGUCUUGGGAUGCUGUCACCGGUGCCGGCUCUAUGGUCAGCAAUGUUCUUGACUAUUCGUACUGGAUACGAGAACAGAUCCAUAAAACUGGCCCGCUCAAGGGCCACGACUCGCUAACGCAGCCUCGGGUACUUCACUUUGAAAGUGGCGGCAUCAACCCGCCUGGUCCCUGGCAUGCGUAUGCGUUAGGUUGGUUUUGUGACUACUAUCGUGAUCAGCCUUUCUACACCCACGCUGGUGGCUGGCCUGGCUUUGGUUCCCUGGUGGGCUUCUUACCAAAUAAAGUCUUUGGCUUCGCCAUCAUGGGCAAUGCUACCUCGGUCCAAAAUGUUGCAUUCGCGUUACUCGUGCACCUCCUGGACAAGAUCCUCAAUCUUCCAGAUGAUCCCAAGCAUAACAAGGAGCUUGCGGCAUGCUUUGCAAAGCAACGCGAGGAAUGGGACCGAAUGGUCUCACCCCCAAGCUUGGAUGAUGUGAAGGCCAAGUUCUAUCCUUCUUUGCCUGAUCCUCCAUUGCCUCUGUCCUUGGCAGUGGAGAAGUAUGCCGGGACAUACACGCAUAAGGCGGGUGGUUCGGUUACCCUGACGGCCCAGGAGGGUUGUUUGACAGCAGACUUCUCUGACAGGCCUAUCGCGGUGCGCCUGGACCUGGUACAUGUGAGUGGAGAGUUCUUUAUUGGAAAACUAUGGAACCCAAGGAAUAUCCAUUUUGAGCAGUUCCCUGUGGAAUUCUCUGUUGGUUCUACAGGAACGGCUCAUAAGAUUGGGAUGCUCCUUGAAGCUGCUUUGGGCGGAGAAAAGAUCUGGUUCGAGCGCAAAGAAUAG